ACUUCACAAGUAUGCGCGAAGAACAGGAAGCGAAUACUUUGUGUCCGUCUACUCUUUUCUGUGAAUGAUUUUGGCUUAGACUGAGCCCUUCUGGUAGCUAACGUCAUUUGAAACACACACACGGGAGAGUUAGCUAUCGUGAGAAGCCGCGCGUUGUGGUGAACGAACAUUUGAGUCUUGGCCGAGGAAUCGGAAGCUUGAGUGCCAGGCAAGGGCGUGUUUGAAUCUCAAGUGUUGGAGAGACACACCGCCUCCUCCCACUCCUCCUCCUCCCCACUAGAUGCUAGCUCGGUAGCAUUUGCAUGUUGUUUCACUCCUAGUUACAGUUGUGUUAUAGUCUGCAUUUUAUAUUAUUUAUUCGGAGGUCAGUCGAGAAGAAGAUGGGAUGUACUCUGAGCACGGACGACAAGGCGGCGCAGGAGCGGAGCAAGAUGAUCGACCGGAAUCUGCGGGACGACGGAGAAAAGGCAGCCCGGGAGGUCAAGCUGCUGCUGCUCGGUGCUGGCGAGUCUGGGAAAAGUACAAUUGUCAAACAGAUGAAGAUCAUCCACGAAGCGGGCUACUCAGAGGAGGAGUGUAAGCAGUACAAGGCCGUGGUCUACAGCAACACCAUCCAGUCCAUUAUUGCCAUCAUCAGAGCUAUGGGUCGCCUCAAGAUUGACUUUGCUGAUGCAGCCAGAGCAGAUGAUGCGCGGCAGCUGUUCGUCUUGGCAGGUUCAGCAGAAGAGGGCUUCAUGACAGGUGAACUAGCCGGGGUCAUCCAGCGGCUGUGGAAGGAUGGAGGCGUUCAGGCCUGCUUCAGUCGCUCCCGGGAGUAUCAGCUCAAUGACUCUGCAGCAUACUACCUGAACGACUUGGAUAGGAUAUCCCACGGUGCUUAUGUGCCCACCCAACAGGAUGUGCUGAGGACCAGAGUCAAAACCACUGGUAUUGUGGAAACACACUUCACUUUCAAGGACCUGCACUUCAAAAUGUUUGAUGUAGGCGGACAGAGAUCAGAGAGGAAGAAGUGGAUCCAUUGUUUUGAGGGAGUCACCGCCAUCAUCUUCUGCGUGGCUCUGAGUGACUACGACCUUGUGCUGGCUGAGGACGAGGAGAUGAAUCGAAUGCAUGAGAGCAUGAAGCUGUUCGACUCCAUCUGCAACAACAAGUGGUUCACAGACACCUCCAUCAUCCUCUUCCUCAACAAGAAAGACCUGUUUGAGGAAAAGAUCAAAAAGAGCCCUCUCACAAUCUGCUACCCAGAAUAUGCAGGUUCCAACACCUACGAAGAGGCAGCAGCUUACAUUCAGUGCCAGUUUGAGGACCUAAACAAGAGAAAGGACACCAAGGAGAUCUACACCCACUUCACUUGUGCCACCGACACCAAGAACGUGCAGUUUGUGUUUGAUGCCGUCACUGACGUCAUCAUCAAGAACAACCUGAAGGACUGUGGCCUUUUCUAAAGGCAGCUGGGUGGCUGGCAUGCCGAGUGACUUGAUUCAAGGGGACUCUGACUGGAGGAACCUCGCGGACCCUGAUGAGAAUGUCACUUUUAACCUCUUAUUAACUUAUGUUCAUCUCCUAAAAGUUUUAAAGACGGUGUGUAGAAAAACAUUUUGUGUAAAAUAUAUUUGUACAACCGUCUAUGGCCGGGGAUUUUUCACAGUUUUAAAACAUGCUUAUUUUGCCUUUUUAUUAUCAUUAUUUUAAAUUUUUAUAUAAAAAGGGGGGCCGUGACUUUUUUUUUUCGUCCAUGAAUGAACACUUUUGUCUUUUGUUUGUAGGUCCUUGUGCCUUGCAUGCUUUAGUUGCAGUGUGUUUAUUUUUGUUGAGUUAGAUCUUAGGUUUAUGUAAAUGUUACCAUUGAACUCUUCCCAAGCCACCCCUUUGCCCCCGAGUCCAUAUUACCUAUUUCUUUCUGAUGGUUUCACUGUCGCAUCAUUUUUUGCGUCUUUGGACAAACCAAACAAGACCAAGUCACUCUGUAGACCAAUUCACUCUGACAUACUGUGAGAGCUGUGUGUAAACCUUUUCGGAUGUGAGAUUUGCAUGUGUGCUGCGAGUGGGAGUUUUGUUGUGAUUGAGGCCAAAAGCCAGUGCGAGUGAUUGUGAGUGCGACUGGGAUUGUGCGUUUUGUGUGUGUGUGAGAGAGAGAGAGAGAGAGAGAACAUGUGCACAAUAUAAACAAAGGGACUUUAUUCCUCUAAUUGUCAUCCUCUUUCAAAGUUUUAUUUUUCUAAGCGACCAAAAAGAAGCUACUCUCUGUAAUUAACGAGUGCACGUUGUUGGUGCGCCGCUACAAACUGUAACAUUCCUUAUUGAAUCAAGAAGCAAAGAGAAGCUUUGAAAAGAGGAUGCCAAUGGCGGCCUUGUAGCAGACAGUAGGGCCAUUUAUAGAUCUGUGUUCAGUGCAUAGACAGACGGAGACAUGGCUGGGUGCACUGUUAUUGAUCAUGAUGUGUGAUGGUUUCAAGUUACAUAUCCCCCCCUAGACCCCCCAACCCUCUGUUUCCAUUGGAUGGGCACAUUAGUGGACUAAUCUCCAUGAUUUUGCUAAUAAAAAAGCUGCUAUGGUAAAAACCAUGGCAACUUAUGCAACAGA